GUUUGUUUACACGAUAAAAAGAUAAAAAAAUUGCCUCCUCCAACCAUUCUUUUCCUUAAAUAAUCAAACACUCACCAAGCUAAUCCAUUUUGAGUUUGACCAACUCUCUCUCAUUUACACGCUAUAAUUACUUAUUUUCCAAAAUCGAUUAAUUCAUCACGAAAAGGGUAAAAUUGGGAUUUUAUUAAAAGUAUGAACGAUCCACCGCGUUCUACUAUUAUACUCCCAUUUAAGACGUUAAGUUAGAAUUCCAGAUAUAACCUCAGGUUUAACAAAAAUAAUCCAGAAUUAUCCAACUUCAUUUUCCUUAAUUAACCAAAACGCAUGCAUUCUUUAUAUCUCUAAUUUUUCUUCUAUCUAUCAAAUAUUGAUUCUAUAUCAUUCAAAAUAUAGCAUUCAUUGUUCUUGCUAUUGUUGUUGAUUUCUUCUUCAUUACACCGAGUCAGGUGGCGGUGAAUCGGUAUGACUCGGCGGUGCUCUCACUGCAGUAACAACGGUCAUAACUCUCGGACAUGUCCGUCGAGAGGCGGAGGUAGCGGCGGCGGCGGGGUUAGGCUUUUUGGUGUUAGAUUGACGGAUGGAUCGAUUAUUAAAAAGAGUGCGAGUAUGGGGAAUUUAACGCUUGCGAAUCAUCAUCAUUGUUCUUCUCCUUCUUCGGUUCAUCCCGGUUCGAUUGUUAACCCCGGUUCACCGUGUUCUGACCCGCCCAAUGAACCGGAAGGUUAUUUGUCUGAUGAUCCUGCUAAUGUUUCCAGCUUCGCUAUCCGCCGCAGCGACAGAAAGAAAGGUGUUCCAUGGACUGAAGAAGAACACCGGAUGUUCUUGGUUGGACUCCAUAAACUAGGCAAAGGAGACUGGCGUGGGAUAGCACGUAAUUAUGUUGUGUCAAGGACCCCUACUCAAGUAGCAAGUCAUGCACAAAAGUACUUCAUCCGUCAGAGUAAUGCUACCAGGAGAAAGAGACGUACGAGUCUUUUCGACAUGGCUCCUGAUAUGUAUCCAGAUUCAACUUCAAUGCCAGAAGAACAAGUACUACUUCCACCUUCUGAGAACUCACAACCUUGCAAUGGAAAAUCACAUCCGUCACUAAAUCUCUCUCUCAAGUCAGAAUAUGAACCAAUGGAAACUACAUCUGAAGAAAACGUUGAAGAGGGCAACGAAAAUCCUAUGGGAUCGAAUAGAUUGACACCAAUGACUCACGGAUUCUUUCCAUCUUAUAUACCCGUCUCAUUUUCCAUGUGGCCGGCAAUUGGAGCUCCCUUUGAAGUAUCCAACGGUGGAGAGACAUCUCAUCAUAGUCAUCAUCAGGUUCUCAAGCCGAUACCGGUCAUUCCUAAGGAACCCGUCAACGUUGAUGAACUCGUGGGGAUGUCUCAUUUGAGCAUCGGGGAAACACAAGUGCGUGAUAGAGAGCCUCCCCCUCUUUCCUUGAAUUUGUUAGGAGAGCCCUCAAGACAAUCAGCAUUCCACGCAAAUACUCCGGUUGGUGGCUCUGAUCUAAACAGUGGCAAAAACAACGCCAUUCAAGCGGUUUGAGGCUUUCAAAUUCGGGUGAAACCAGUAGUAACUAAGCUUUCUUUUGGUUAUCUUUCAUUUGUGCUAUUAUAUACAAUCUUUUCUUUUGCUCUGAGUCAUAGUGUUAAACUUCUUAGUAAGAAGUUACAUAUUGUGGUAUGUAGCUCAGGUUAGAUCAAUUCUUUACAAAAAAAUUUAUUCUUUCUAACUGUAAACAAAAAUGAAGUUUAAAUAAUCAAAUAUUUUCUAGAGGUCCAUGUUCCUCUAGUUUUGGCUAUAA